GCAGGCUGUAUGGCCAGGUUGCAGGAGCCAGCAUUUUAUUUCCAGUGGGGUUUCCAUAGGAAACAGAAGCCAUUCUACUUCUCUGCCCUGACAGGCAGCCAUCUGUAUUCUCAGAGCUAAGCUGCACACGCAAAGAUUCCCGUCUCAUUGUUCUAUACUAAGGGUUUUCAGCCAGGAUAGCAGCUGGAUCUCUUGCCUGAAGAGAAAAGGACGAUUUCUUUCCUCUCAGUGUAGCUGGGUUUGCCUGGGAUUUUUAAUCCUAUUCGUGUGCUUAUGGGAUCUAGAAGUGGGACUACCUUUGACUGAAAAUACAAAGGAUUUACAAGCUUUUUGGGCUCAAACUGUGUGUACAGAGAUUCAAGGAUAAAGUCAUCUGUCCUGGGACUAACAGCAGCAUAGCUGGCUUUCUCAGAAGAAUGCUUUUGCUAUCGCCCUUUAUGCUUCAAUUUACAGCAUUGUGGUGGCACUUUUUUCUCUCUGUGGGUUGCCAGGCUGUGACCCUAUUCAGGGUGAAAUACAAAGUGUUAGAAGAAGUGGCAAAUGGAACAGUGAUAGGAAAUUUACUCGAGUGUUUUGGUUUAUGGGAGAGAAGUGUGGACACUUUCCAACUGUUUCAGUUCCCUGAGGAAUUCCCUUUUCAUGUUGGAUCUGAAGAUGGCUUGCUCAGCACUGCAGGGCGGCUGGACAGAGAGCAACUUUGCAGGCACAAUGAUCCAUGCUUGGUCUCUUUUACUGUAUUAACUGCUAAACACUUCGCUCUAAUUCAUGUGGAGGUUCAAGUCUUAGAUAUCAAUGACCAUGGGCCCCAAUUUCCAAAGGCUGAAUUGGAGCUAGAGAUGUCAGAAAAUGCAUCUUUACAAACACGAAUACCUUUGGAUCAAGCCCUAGACCCAGACACUAGUACCAAUGCCCUCUUCUCUUACUCACUGUCUCCCAGCGACCACUUUGCUUUGGAUGUCAUCUCUGGAUCUGAUGGAACUAAGCAUGCAGAACUUGUUGUUGUUAAAGAAGUGGACAGAGAACUCCAUUCUUGUUUUGAUCUUGUACUGACUGCUUCUGAUCACGGAGAACCACCAAAAUCAGGUACUACCUUAGUUAGGGUCAUUGUUCUAGACUCCAAUGAUAACAGUCCUGCUGUUUUUGCGGAGAGUUCUUUGACAGUUGAAAUCGGGGAAGAUGCUUUGCCUGGGACUCUUCUUAUAACAGUUACAGCCACAGACUCUGAUCAGGGUCCUAAUGGAGAAAUAGAAUAUUUAUUAAGUAAGUAUACUACGCUGGAAGUAUUGCAUAUGUUCAGCAUUGAUGCCAGGACAGGCAAUAUUGUUUUGAGACAUCCAUUGGACUUUGAAAAAAUUCCUACCUAUGAAUUGGAUGUACAGGCCAGGGAUCUAGGAGCCAAUCCUACCCCAGCACACUGCAAGAUCUUCAUCAAGGUCCUUGAUGUCAAUGACAAUGCUCCAGAUGUCCACAUCACAUGGGUUUCCUGGGUGCCAGUGUUAUCUGAAGCUCUUCCUAAUGACAGCUUUGUUGCUUUGGUGACAACAAGUGAUCCUGAUUCAGGAAACAAUGGACAGGUACACUGCUACCUUAGUCAAGGAUAUGAGCAUUUCAGAUUGAAAAGGACUAACAAAUAUAGUUAUAUACUGCUGACCAAUGCCACCUUGGACAGGGAGAGAUGGUCUGAAUAUAACUUGACUUUACUGAUUCAGGACCAGGGGAUCCUCCCCUUAGCUAUGGAGAAGUAUCUCACUAUUUACAUCAGUGAUAUUAAUGACAACCCACCCUUAUUUGAAAGGCGUACAUACAACGUCUCCAUUGCUGAGAACAAUAUGACUCCUUCAUUUUUGGUUACUGUCAGGGCCAAUGAUGCUGACUUAGAUUUAAAUGGAAAAAUAACUUAUAGCAUCCAGGACUCCCUUGUUUCAGAUUUGGUAUCUGUUGAUUCUAACACCGGUGAGAUCUUUGCCCUGAGAGCUUUUGAUCAUGAGCAAAUGACCAGUUUGGAAUUCCUUGUGACAGCAGAAGAUGGAGGUUAUCCCAAACUGGCAUCUAAUGUCUCUGUCAGGGUUAAUUUGCUUGAUAAGAAUGAUAAUUCCCCAGUGAUCAUACAGCCAGCACUGGUAGAAGGCAGAGCAGAGAUCACCAUUCUAGUCAAUGCAGAAACUGGAUGCCUUUGGACAUCCUUAGGGACUCACAGCUCCCCAAAGGCAUCAGUAACCAGCAUGAUACUGAAACCCAAUUCAAGUACUCACUUGCUUUUCACCAUAGUUGCCAGUGAUGCUGACUCUGGCCUAAACGGUGACCUCCAUUAUAACAUUCUGAGUGGCAAUGAUGAUGGUCUGUUUGUCCUUGAUCCACUGUCAGGGCAGGUAUUUAUCAACAGCAGCAACAUCAGCAGCCUCAUUGGAAAUGAAUUAGAGCUAAGAAUUUUAGUGAAUGAUCAAGGGAAUUUACCACUGCAGGUAGAAGCUCUUGUGCUGUUAAUUUUCAAAAAUCACCGUGACCACCUGAAAAACUCAGCCCAGGGGUCUUGGAGGCUGAGUCCAUCCAUGGUUAUUGCUAUCUGCCUCAUUGUUUUGCUAGUCAUUUUUCUUAUUAUUUUGGCCUUAAUUGUGUCUUUACGUAAAAGAGAGAAGAAAGAGAAAAUGGCUUACAACUGCAGGGAAGCAGAACAAGCCCACAGAGAGCAGCAGCUCAAGAAGCCCCACAGACAGAUUCAGAAGACAGACAUAUAUUUAAUCCCUGUGCUCAAAAAUAGGCAAGAUGUGCAUUGUGAGGCUGAGCAACCUUGCUUCUGUAAAGAGGCUUUGGUGAAGGAAACUGCAUGGAAUGAUUCACAGCAGACUCCAUUUCACUUAACCCCAACACUUUACAGAACCCUUAGAAGCCAAGGGAACCAGAAAGAUUCAGCUGAACAGAAAGAUGCCUUCAAUUUUCCUGCAAUGCAGCGCAGGCCCCUCUACUCUCAUAAACUGAGACAUUCAUCAGAAAAGAACUCAAGCUUUCAAACUUCAGAACCUUACACCAAGAGCUUAGUGAAGCCACUACCAAGGUCUAUGGGAAAUCAGAACUCUGACUUUUUGAUGCCGACUAAUCCUCCUUUGGACAUGACUCUGAGUAAGCAAAAAUUUUCUGAGCCAGAUCCAGGGCUUUCAGAGGCUCAACCCCAUCAGCACCUCCUAAGGAGCCUGGUCCGGCUGUCUCUGGUAGCAUUUUCAGAGCAGAACUCCACAGGAGAAUUUGUUCUGGAUUCACCUCCUGUUCAGCAAAUCUCUCAGCUGCUGUCACUGUUGCACCAGGGCCAGUUUCAGCCUAAACCAAGUCACAGGGGAAAUAAAUAUACGUCCAAGAAUGACAGCAGGAAUGCAGGGCUGGAUGCCGAUUGCCUGAGUAUAAAGGACAGUGGCCGUGGAAAAAAUGAGGUAGAGUAUCAGGAUUCAGAGAAUGGAUUUGAUCUCUCCAUGAAGCAGCUGAUGGCAGAAGAACUUGAGAGCCUGCUAGAGCCCCAUGCAGGGAUGACCCUUAAAAGGCUGACAGCAGUAGAUCCAGAGUGGAUGGCUCGGCUCUCUCUGCCGCUUGCUAAUAGCUACAAGGACAAUGUUUUCUCCCCUGAUUCUCUGCACUCAUCUUGGAACCAGGAAUUCAUAGUACAGGACAAACCAAGAACCUUCAAGACAUUUGGCAAAGCUAUUGGAUAUGACUCGAAUGCACCUGGGACAAGACUGACCAGCACCUUUCUUUCAGAAAUGAGUACACUUUUUGAAAUGAUCUUGGCUCAGAAAGUCCAUGUCCAUGCUGAAUCAAACUCUGAGCUUCUGCAGCAAUUGAAUGCAUGUGGCAAGCCCUUGGGACUGAGUGGUGAUACUCCUGCUCUGUAGACAAAUUGGGAAGACAGGCAGCCCCAUAAGGACAUAUGAAUAAAACUGUAGCUUUUCACACAUGGAAAUAGCCACUGGGGUGUAUGUGUAUGUUCAACUAGUUUCAUAAUGUGAAAUGUAGUUAAAUAGAGAAUUCUCCCUUCCCCAGUCCUAUUUCCUUUCAUGUUCCUUCUGGCCCAGUCCCAUCUCUUCCAAGGUCAUUUCCAUCUCCUGGUCCUUCUGUCCUCUAUCUCCAUCUUUUGUGCAUCUGCCUUGAACUUGUAUUUUAAGUUUCUCACUUUAGAAAGAAGUUUACCAUCCCAUAAACUGCCCCAGGUGGCCCUGAGCCUUCACCUGUAGGAACAGGAAGACAUACAAUGAGCAGAGUUAUGCCAUUUGUUAUUGAAGCCACAUGGGCACCUGAUAAAGUGGUAGCCUGAGAAAGGGAACCCAGCAAGCCCUAUUCUCUUAGACCAGGUGGUUUAAGAGAGAAUUUUUUGUAGUGACAAUGGAGUGUGCGCACAUGUGUACACAUUGCUUAAGCGCCUGGUAGAUAUUAUAUUUACAGUGUGAUCAUGUUAAUCUUGCCAUAAAAGGCAACUUGCCACACAUGCAACCAAUGACCUCAUAAAAUUAAUA